CUUUUCUCCUAUACUCCCAGUGGAGUGAAGAUCACAAGGACGGCUUGGAUAUUCAAGUCAUAGUCAGAUUGUUCUCUGUUGUUUUUUCAGAAAACCAGGAAUUGAAAAUCAUGGCUGGGAAGCCCAAACUUUAUUACUUCAAUGGAAGAGGCAGAAUGGAAUCAGUGCGUUGGCUCCUGGCAGCUGCUGGUGUGGAGUAUGAAGAAGUGCUUUUCACAACAGCUGAAGAACUUCAGAAUUUAAUUAAGUGUGGAAAACUAAUGUAUCAACAAGUGCCCAUGGUUGAAAUGGAUGGAAUGACGAUAAUACAAACCCGGGCCAUCCUAAGAUAUAUGGCUGCAAAAUACAACUUAUAUGGGAAGGACCUGAAGGAACAAGCCCUCAUUGACAUGUAUGUGGAAGGAAUGAGAGAGCUGUAUGACAUAAUUAUGUUCUUGCCAUUGUCUGCACCUGAAGAAAAGGAGAAGAAUCUUAGCUUCAUGACAGAGAAGGCCACCAAAAGGUUCCUCCCAGUGUAUGAGAAGGUAUUAAAAGACCAUGGGAAAAAUUACCUUGUUGGCAACCAGCUGAGCUGGGCAGAUAUACAUCUACUUGAACUCAUCUUAAUGGUAGAAGAAUGCAAGCCUGGUGUUCUCUUGGCAUUCCCUAAAUUGCAGGAGUUUAAAGCUAGAGUCAGCAAGCUCCCAAGGAUCCAGAAAUUUCUUCAGCCUGGUAGUCCAAGAAAGCCACCACUUGAUGAUGCAGGUCUUGAAGAGGUUAAGAAGAUAUUCAAGCUCGAAAAAGGAAUCUUUUUAAAACACUCAACUACCAUAGUAGCUGAAUUUUAGUCAUGCCCACAGAAAUGCUACGUGUUCCUUCAGCAUUCCUAGGUUCAAUAACUAGCAAAUACGAUGCCUCCCUAUACAGUUUGUUAUAAAUCUGAUAACCUAAUCUUUACAUUGCUUAUUAUAAAACUUCAUCUUACUCAGAA